GUUUGGGCCCAACUCAAUCACUGUUCGGGCCCCCACGGUUCGUUGAUAUAAACGACGAUGAGCAACGUCGCAGAGCACAGUGUUCGCGCGGUCAUGUCUUCCGCAGAGGUCCUCCCGCAGGGGGCUGGCUAUGGUGUUGUGAUCGGCAUUGGUCUCUUCUUCAGCGCCUUCAUGGUGCUCCUAACAGCAAUCCAAGCCCGCUACACCGGAUACUCCCCAAAGAACUCUGAGGAAUUCACCUCCGCGUCUCGAAGCGUCAAGCCAGGGCUGAUCGCGUCAGGAAUCGUCUCUGCAUGGACAUGGGCUGCAACGCUGCUUCAAUCGAGCGCGGUGGGCUACCGAUACGGCAUCUCGGGUCCAUGGUGGUACGCGUCUGGCGCGACCGUGCAAGUCCUUCUCUUCGCCCAGCUCGCCGCCAAACUCAAGAUGAACGCCCCGUACGCUCACACGUGGCUCGAGAUCGUCGGCGCGCGCUGGGGCACUGCGGCGCACCUUAUCCUCAUGUUCUUCGGUCUCGCGACGAACCUCAUCGUCUCGUCCAUGCUAGUGCUUGGCGGCUCGGCGACGGUGACGGACCUCACGGGCAUGAGUACGAUUGCUGCAUGCUUCUUGAUCCCUCUUGGAGUGGCAAUAUAUGUCGUUGUUGGAGGGAUGCGGUCUACAUUGCUUUGCGACUAUACGCACACUACUGUGCUCUUCGCCAUCAUAUUCACCUUCGCAUUUACCGUGUACGCGACCUCGGACUAUAUCGGCUCCAUAUCCAAGAUGCACUCCCUCCUGCAGGAAGCUACCGCCAUCUCACCCGUCUCAGGCAACGCUGGCGGGUCUUACCUUACCAUGCGUUCCAAGAACGGCCUAAUCUUCGGCGUCAUCAACCUCAUCGGCAACUUCGCAACUGUAUUUCAGGACCAAGCGUAUUGGCAGCGCGCCAUCGCUAGUCGCCCUGCGACGACUGUGAAGGCGUACUUGCUUGGGGGUAUUGCAUGGUUCGCAAUUCCCUUCUGCUUCGCGACGACACUUGGUCUGGCUGCGGUUGCCCUCUCCGUUGUACCAUCUCCCACCUCUCCGACCGCGAACGCGACAGCCGCCGGCUUCCAGGCGCUCCUCCCUCCUCUCACGAACGACCAGAUCUCGGAAGGCCUCCCAGCGUCCGUAGCUGCCGCUGGCCUCCUCGGUCAGAGCGGCGCGGCAGCCCUGCUUGUUCUGCUCUUCCUGGCUGUGACCAGUGCGACAAGUGCCGAGCUUAUCGCUGUGUCUGCAAUUUUAACUUAUGACGUUUACCUGAGAUACAUCCAUCCAGAUGCUACGGAGCAGCAGAUCAUGCGAGUCAGCCACGCUGGCGUCGUGUUUUUUGCCCUUGUCAUGGCCCUUGCUGGCAUAAUAUUCUAUUACAUCGGGGUCUCCAUGGGUUGGCUCUAUACCUUCAUGGGUGUCAUUCUCGGCUCGGCGGUCGUGCCCAUCGCGCUGUGCAUCACCUGGCGCAAGGCAAACAAGUAUGGCUGCAUUGGCGGUGCGGUGGUCGGGUUCGCGGCUGGUAUUGCUGCGUGGCUUGGUGUGACGUCAAGUCUGAACGAUGGCGUUAUCAACGUUACCACCAGCGGAGGUAACUACGAAAUGUUAGCUGGUAACCUCGCGUCUAUUGGUGCGGGAGGGUUGAUCGCCACUGUUGUCUCGUGUAUCUGGCCCGAUGUCUACGACUUCGCUGGCACACGCGCUAUCAACGCCCCCACCCACAAGCGGGACGCGAAGACGAGCGACGAUAUGGAUGCAGACAUGUCAGAAAAGAAAUCACCAAGGACGCCAGAGGCAUCUGUAUCUGUCGAGGAGGUACAACCGCUAGCAGAAGACGAAGAACUCGACUUGGAUAGACUGAAGAGCGCUUUCAAGCUCGCCGCUCAGGCGUCUGUCGUCUUGACGCUGGUGCUUCUCAUUAUCAUUCCACUACCUCUCUUCUUUGCACAAACCGUGUAUGAAGUCAAAGGUUUCUCGGCGUGGGUUGGCAUUGGUAUUGGGUGGGCGUUUUGCUCCGCGUUCGCUGUCGUACUAUACCCGUUAUACGAGAGUCGAACCGCUUUGGGCAUGAUUGGGAGGGGUAUCAUCAAGGACAUAUUUGCGAGGGGAAGCGGGAAGUUUGCUGCACCAUCACAUUCGAUUGAAGGUGACUCAGAUGCGUAG